UGAGUUAUAGCGCGCAAAUACAUCCAAUAAGCAUUCGCUCAAAUAAUAAAACGCCGAAUUAGAUCGUAUCAAAUAACGCGUGUUUAGACGAAACAAAACGCGUAAACAAAAACCAAUUUUUUUGCAAUUAAUCAUCAUUUAAAGCCGUAAAACUGAAGCUGCAAAAGAAAAUUGAAAAACUUAAAUCGACAAAAAGGUCAAAAGAAAGAAAAUGUGACAGUGGUAAUUACGAAUACUACGGCGACUUCGACGACGACAACAACGACAAUUGCGUCAAUUGUGGCGGCGACGUGACGCAUUUGAUCGAUUCAAAAAAGUGCAAAAUUGUUAGUGGCGGCAUGUCCGCCACAACUCGACCUCCCCUUUCUCCAGCAACUACACCGCUUUACGAUGGCUAUGCGACCAUACGUUCGCGUGGUCUCUAUCGUUCUCGUUCCAUACGCGCCGCCGAAUUGGAAGCAGAACUCAAUGGCACUAACACGAAUGCCAGCAAUAGUGCCACUGAUAUGCGACGCCCAACCUUGGUGGAACGGCGUCGUACACUUUCACUGAAAAGCGAUUACAGCCAGUGUUCUUGCUGCUCGGGCAACAGCGGAAUUUGUCAGAAUGCUCAACGUUUGGGUAGAGCCAAUAGCACUACCAGCGGCACGCUAAGCGCAACCACACCGAGUGUUGCAGAGGAAAUAUAUGCAAGUCGGCCUGUGGCGAAAGCCGUGAAAGCACCAAAAAUUGGUGAUAUGGAACCACUCUACGCCAGCACACAUGCACGGUCCGCUGGCUUUCGUCCACUCUCAAAUGCGUCUUCCUCAUCUGGUGGUGGCGGCAGUAAUGGUGGUGGCUGUCGUGAUAGUGCGAUUGACUCAACUGGCUCUGGCAGCAUUGCAGUCGAAUAUCAUAACAUGAAAAAGAACUCCCGUUUCUCAUUGGAUUCACUACAGAGCAGCGCCACACCGAAAACGCCUGACUACACUGCGGUCGAAGAUGAGAACAUCUUCUUGUAUACCGCACCUGAAAGUCCCAAAAGACGCUUAGAUAGCACAAGUACACGUCACUCUUAUGGUGAUUCAGAACGCUGCUACUCGCCUAUAUCCACGAAGAACUCUUUCGAAAUACAAGACAUCACUGUGCAUAGUGGUCGCAUUUCUGGUGACUUUUCGCCCUCAAAGCUACGCCGUUCAUCAACACGCAGCAACACCUCCAACACUAGUUCGCACUAUAGCCGUACCAAGUCGCUCAUUGAGAGUUCACGUCCGUCCACCUUGAUGACAAACUCCUAUCAUCGCAGUGAAAGCGAGAGUCCGACUUACGCUGGUCGUCCACCACUCUCGCCCAACGCGCCGCCUACACCCGUGCGGCGCGAAAGCCUUUAUGCCAAACCAAAGAUUUAUGCCAUGUACACGCCAACAGUACCACCAACGCCAACUUCACUCUCACGCCCGACUAGUCCAUGCCAGAGUCCGACGAAAUCGCCAUUACGCUCGCCCAUAAAUAGCGCCACGUAUCAACCACAACUGCCAGCGCUCUCGACGCCGCAACGCAGCACUAGCGCCGAAAUACUCGAACGUUCACACACUAGUCAUUCCCUGAACACGAUUGAUCAGGAUGAUAUGCCAGCAGUGCCCAAUGCCAUGCCCGUGCUGCAGAAUGCCGUCGAUCGUCGUUACCAUACACUGGGCCAUAUGCGCGUUCAAAGUAUGGGCACUGGAUUGUAUCGCUCCUACGAUUCCUCGCCUAUGGGUUCCAUGUUGAACAUGAUGGGUGGCGUUUACUACUCAGCGUAUGCAGGACGUCAACAUCAUUCUAUGCUGCAUACGAAUAAAUCAGCUGGGAAUAUCUAUGCAUCUGCAGAUGAUGCAGUAGCAGACCUAAAUCGACUGGCGCCAGAGUACAUUGAUCCAUUGGACUUUAAAAUCGGCUGCCAAACGACGCUGCGCAGUAAACCAGUGAUUCCUUGGUACGAGUUGGCUAUAAAGCGGGAUUUGAAGCGGCAGUCUUGCCCACCGAUUACUGGGAGUGGUUUGACGAACGGCAGCAAUACGCUCAGCAUGAGUCGCAGCACAGACAAUAAGGCUCAUGUGGUUGCCGCCUUUGAGCAGUCCCUCUCCAAUAUGACGUCACGCCUUCAGCAUCUGACGGCUACCGCCGAGCGCAAAGAUGGUGAGCUGACCGAUAUGCGUCAAACAAUUGAGCUGCUACGCAAGCAAUCCAUUCAGGCGGGUCUUACAUCUGCGCAUAUGCAAAGCAUGGGCGUGCAAACGCAGCAGAACGAGCAACAACAGCUCGGUCGCACUGCCAUCACACAGCAGCCGAUGUCGAAUCAGAAUGGCGCCAGCAAUGGUACCGCCUCAUCGACGCCUUCGUCUACUGCAACCGGUGUUAUGCAACGUCACCACAGCUCUGAUUCGAUGUGUUCAUUGAAUUCCAUUAGUUCCGGCUGUUCGACGCAGGACAAAAAGCAAAAGAAGAAGGGUUGGCUGCGCAGCUCCUUCACCAAAGCAUUCUCCCGCAAUGCCAAAAUUUCGAAGACUAGUCGGCACGUCGGUCAUCAUCAUGUAGGAGGCACUGGCAGCAGCAACGCUAGCAUAGGGGUGCAUGCAACGCCUGGAGUGCAUGCCGAAAACAGCGCUGCUUACAACAAAGCUAAUGGCCAUAGCCAUGCCGAUGCUGUUGUAGGUUUGGCCGCCUUGGCUACACAGCCGCCACCACCGCUGCCUACAGCGAAUGCUUCGCCCACCAAAGGUAGUCCAGCUAAGACUGUCACGCUGAUAGACAAUGCAAAGCCGAUCGAUGCAAUCGAUCACGAUGAUCAUCAUGUGGUGGAAGACCUCAAGAAGCAAUUGCGCGAAAAGGACUUGGUGUUGACCGAUAUACGUUUGGAGGCACUGAGUUCUGCUUCUCAAUUGGAAAGUCUCAAAGAUACGGUGAACAAAAUGCGCGCUGAGAUGAUGUCAUUGAAGCAAAAUAACGAGCGUCUGCAAAAGUUGGUCACCAGCCGUUCAUUAGCUGGCUCUGAAGCGUCGCUGGGUAAUGCGAUUAGCCCGAGCGGUUCUAUCGGCGAGUCACGCCGCUACUCGUUAGCAGAUGGCAAUGCGCGCCCACCAAUGGAGUUGCCAAAACGUUUGGAGGAGGAGGUCGAGGAAGAGAACAUUCCGCCUGCACCAGCACCAGAGCCGCCACCGCCACCACUAAGUCCUGCAACGCAUAUCGAUCUAACGCCACCACCACCCGCACUCAAUACGAUUCCUAGCCCAGCACACAUUGCAGCCGCGGCAGUUGAGGAGCUGCCCGAUGUCACUGAUGGCAAGAAAAUUGCCAUCGCUUGUUAUCUGGGACAACCCGAGUCCUUUGUCAAGUACUGCGAGGAAAUGCUAGAGGCCGAUGAAUUCUAUGCAAAUGGUGUCGAUGCGGAUGGCAUCAGCGAACGUAAGGCGUUUCCCACGGCCAGUUUGAAUGAGUUUGUCGUCGCAUACACAUACAUCUCGGGCAAGACAACCUGGCAGAAUCUGGACUAUAUUGUUCGGAAAACUUUCAAAGAUUAUGUGUCGCGCAUUGAUCCCGGCACCAAUCUGGGCUUGAAUACAGACUCAAUCACAUCUUACCACUUGGGUGAAGCGAAGCGUGGGCCAGAAAUGGGCUUCCCGGAGCUGCUGCCCUGUGGCUACAUCAUUGGCAACGUACGCACGCUGUAUAUCUGUCUGCAAGGUGUAGGCAGCCUAGCCUUUGAUAGCUUGAUACCGCGUAGCAUUGUGCACCGUUACAUCAGCCUGUUGACCGAGCAUCGUCGGUUGAUCUUGUGCGGACCCAGUGGCACAGGUAAAUCCUAUUUAGCGCGUAGAUUGGCAGAGUUUUUGGUGGCACGUUCGGGACGCGGUAAUCCCUCCGAAACGAUUGCAACAUUCAACGUUGACCAUAAAUCUUCAAAGGAGCUGCGUCAGUAUCUCGGCCAUGUGGCCGAACAGGCAGCCAUUGCGAAUGGCGCUUCAGAAUUGCCAUCUGUGAUCAUUCUGGAUAAUCUGCAUCACGCGUCAGCUUUGGGCGAUGUCUUCUCGUGCUUGCUAAGCGCUGGUCCUGCUGGAAAGCUGCCAUGCAUAAUUGGCACCAUGUCGCAGGCCACGUGCAACACAACCAAUCUGCAGUUGCAUCAUAACUUCCGAUGGGUACUUACUGCCAACCACAUGGAACCGGUUAAAGGUUUCCUUGGCCGCUUUCUACGUCGCCGUCUAUUUCAGCUGGAACUGCAGACUGGCCACCCUCAGCCCGAAUUGUCAACUGUUCUGGCUUGGUUGCCCAGCGUGUGGCAGCAUAUAAAUCGGUUUUUGGAGGCGCACAGCUCCAGCGAUGUAACAAUCGGACCGCGCCUCUUUCUCGCUUGUCCAUUGGACUUGAAGGACUCACAAGUGUGGUUCACUGACAUUUGGAAUUAUCAUCUCUCACCAUAUCUGGUUGAGGCGGUGCGCGAGGGUGUACAAUUAUAUGGACGACGCGGUGGCGCAUGGAAUGACCCAUCGAUUUUCAUACGCAACUCCUAUCCAUGGCCAUAUGGUCCGGAUUCGGUGCCACCAUUGCGGCAAAUAAACGCAGAAGAUGUAGGACUAGAAGGUGUGGCGGCUAGCAAUGGUGACAAUCCAGACCCAUUGUUAAAUAUGCUCAUGCGCCUACAGGAGGCAGCUAACUACUCGGAAAAUCAAGAUCAGGAGUCCGACUGUGCGAGCUUAGACUCAAAUGUGACACCAGACAGUUCGGCGGGCGCUGAGUAAUCACCCAAAGUGUUGUUGCUGGCCGAAGUGACUACAAUGACGAGCAGCGGCGGGCUUUAGGCCCAAAGUAAAACUAAUCAAAUACUAAAUACCUACUUACCUAUCUAUCUUGAUACUGCAAACUAUGUACACUUAAUCGCUUAAAAUCAAACAUUCAUGUGCAUGGCUUGUAUAUUUGUAAGUGCUGUUAUGUGCGUACCUGCCGGCUUAAAUGGCAGUAUGCAAAUUUUGUAAAUUAUUGAAAGUAAUGCGACAUUUGUUUAGGGAACGCAAAACUAAUUUUAGUUGCAAUUUAGGUAUUCAAAGUAAAAGUUUUUUGUGUAAAAAAAUAUUUUACAAUUAAUCAAAUUAUUAAGUGCCAAGUCCUUUUGGCAAUGAAGUGUGAACGAGCGAGGGUUAAGUGGGCACUGUUUAUUUUAUAUUAUUUUCUUACUAUAUCCAGUUAGUAAUUUAUUGAAAUAGUUUUUCCUAAGAUAGAUGACUUAUGACUAAGUUGCUGUUGAGAUAUCUUUUCUCAUAUUAUUUGCAAAAGCUCUGCGCAUUUGGUUGAAAAGUCA